GUCUGAAACAGCAAAACUAGUGUUACCGAGGCGCAUUGCACGAGGAGAACAGUUCCCGGUUAGAUUUUAGACAUGGCACUUUCCUACGUCCUCGAACCUGCUGUGUCUGGAUUUAACUUCGAAAAUUCCACAAGAAACAUUGUACUGGAGAAUGGCUCAGAAGAGGGUAAAAUCAAGGCACCAAAACCCAUGAAAACAGGCACCACCAUUGCUGGAGUGGUUUAUAAGGAUGGUGUAGUUCUGGGAGCUGACACAAGAGCCACCUCUGAUGAAGUAGUGGCAGAUAAAAUGUGUGCCAAGAUUCACUACAUUGCACCCCUAACAUAUAUUGUUGUGGAGCAGGAACGGCUGCAGACACAGAGAAGACGACAGAUAUGCUGUCAUCAAACCUCAACCAUUUUCUCCAUAACAGCGGCAGGAACAGAUUCGUCAUGGCUGUUAACAUACUACAAGACAUGCUCUUCAGGUGUGUGCAGACUGUGUAUUGUUAUCACACAAACAUUGCACGCUCAUGUAGUAUCGGGUAUGAUUUUGGGUCUCAUCUUAAUUUAA